GUUCGCUUAGAACUGACUGACUGGCUUUUCCUCUCGUGACAAACUGGUGGAGGUGCUGGGUACGCAUCCAUCGUAUGCCUACGGGUCCUCAACCAGAAGCUACCGACGCCAGUACCUCGGGGACGGCAGAAAUCUAUCGAAGCAGCCGUCGCCUCCAAGGUCUUCCACCGCAGUACAGCCCCCUGGCAAGCUCCGUGAGGAAGAUGUCAACAACUACCGCCAGCCAAACCGAGGGGAUCCCAAAUGCUCCCGUACCAUGCAUUCUCAACGCGCCUCGCACGCCUAACCCGUUCCAUGGCGACGCCUUUGAGGACGUUGAAGACUGGUUGGACCAUUUCAACCGGGUCGCCGCCUUUAACGACUGGGACGAUCGCCGUAAGUUGAAGAACGUCUACUUUUCCCUUUUAGACGCGGCGAGAGUAUGGUACGAGAACCACGAAGCCUCAUUUACCAGCUGGUGGGCAGCAAAUGGUGGGCUCGGUGGCUGCGCCACAACGGUGUCACGUAACAUGCUGGCUUUCACCAUGCAGAUGAUCACCGCCGUUGUUUGCCACGUGCUGCUGCCUCCACUGCAGAUGGCUUACAUCGCGGGACCAACGGAGCAUGCGCCAUCACUAUGCCGAUACCCCAACCAGAUCGACAUCUCACCUACCUUGCCUUUCCUGAAGAAACCUAGGCCGCCUCUCGGGUACUGGACCCUCCAACCAGCGUGGGACCACACAUCGAAAGUGACACUAUCGAGUCCGUCGACUAUAAAGGAGCAGCAACCAUCGCGACUGCCUUGUGGGCUCGGUGGCUGCGCCACAACGGUGUCACGUAACAUGCUGGCUUUCACCAUGCAGAUGAUCACCGCCGUUGUUUGCCACGUGCUGCUGCCUCCACUGCAGAUGGCUUACAUCGCGGGACCAACGGAGCAUGCGCCAUCACUAUGCCGAUACCCCAACCAGAUCGACAUCUCACCUACCUUGCCUUUCCUGAAGAAACCUAGGCCGCCUCUCGGGUACUGGACCCUCCAACCAGCGUGGGACCACACAUCGAAAGUGACACUAUCGAGUCCGUCGACUAUAAAGGAGCAGCAACCAUCGCGACUGCCUUGUGGGCUCGGUGGCUGCGCCACAACGGUGUCACGUAACAUGCUGGCUUUCACCAUGCAGGUCAGUGCAAAAUACAGUCUUUUCUGUAAGAAAUGUAGCAAUUACUGUUUGGUGCAGCUCCCGAGCCCUCAGUGCUGCCUCGCUAUGCUUAGUGAAUGUGUGCAUGCUAUCCAGUCAUUGCUGUUGCUGUCAGGCGAUGUUGAAACCAAUCCGGGGCCUAGUAUUGCUGACGUUUUCGCUGAGCUGCAGAAGCUGACCGUUGGACAAAGCACGCUAAUCACUGAGGUACAAGGUCUAAAGAAUCAACUUUCGUGUACCGAUGCAACACUAACAGAUUUAAGUAAGCGAAUUAUGGAACUGGAACAACACUACCAGGCACUGAUACCCCUGCGAAGCGAAUUAGAAGCUGUGUACGCUACUACUUCUGAAACUGGUCGCCUGGUAUCUAGCCUAGAGAGCCGCAUAGAGGAUGCUGACAACCGCUCACGCAGAAGCAACCUAAUAUUGUAUGGCAUUCCUGACCCCAACCCUCCUGAAACCUUUGCGCAAUCGGAAAAACUAUUUAUUGACAACAUUCAAGAGCACAUGAACAUAAGCCUCGACCCAAAAGAAAUUGAGCGUGCACACCGGCUAGGACGCUAUUCACCAGGCCGUAACCGCCCCAUCAUUGCCAAGUUUGCAUUCUAUAAAACAAAAGAAUUGGUCUUGUCUAAUGGUCGCAAGUUAAAGGGGAGUAACUGCAGUAUUGGCGAGGACUUUUCACCCGCUGUUCGAAAUGCCCGCAAACAUCUUGUUCUUUUCGGCAAAAGCAAAGCAACACCUUUCAAGCUACGUUUCAAAACACUUGUCAUAGGAUCCAAACGCUACGAAUAUGAUGAAUCAUCUAAAACCGUAAAGGAGAUUCACUAGCAAUCAAAGUGCAAUAGAGGUUCGCUUAACCCUCGCCACAUCACCACAACGAAUAAUCUUUCUUUAUCUGCUAUUUUCAC